AGUUACAGAGGAGAGAAAACUUUUGACUGUAAUAGAGAUUUGGAAGUAUUCUGCAAGAAGCCAAAUUUCACUCAACAUCAAGAAACACAUAUAGGAAAGAAUGCCUAUAAAAUUAAUCAGUAUGCUAGUACAUUUUGCCGUAAGCCAAAGCAUUCUGUAUAUCAGAAAACAGAUACACAAGAAAAACUCUAUGAAUGUAGUGAAUGUGGGAAAACCUUCAGCCAUAAAUCCUCUUUUAUCCUACAUCAGAGGAUACACAGAGGAGAGAAACCCUAUGAAUGCACUGAAUGUGGGAAAACUUUUGGAUAUAGGUCAUGCCUUGCAGUACAUCAAAGAACACACACGGGCAAAACCUAUGAAUGUAAUGAAUGUGGAAAAAACUUCUGUGAGAAGUCAAAUCUUCAUGUACAUCAGAGAACACACACAGGAGAGAAACCCUAUGGAUGUAACGAAUGUCAGAAAGCCUUUGGUGAUAGGUCAGCUCUAAAAGUACAUCAGAGAAUACAUACUGGCGAGAAACCCUAUGAGUGUAAGGAAUGUGGGAAAACUUUCUCCCAGAAGCCAAACUUCAUUAAUCAUCAGUGAACUCACACAGGAGAGAGACCCUUUGAAUGCAAUGAAUGUCAAAAAUCCUUCUCUGUGAAGUCAAAACUUAGAGAACAUCAGAGAAUUCACACAGGGGAGAAAUCCUAUGAAUGUAAUGAAUGUGAGAAUAUGUUCUACCACAAGUCAUCCCUCACAGUACAUCAGAGAACCCACACAGGAGAGAAACCCUAUGCAUGUAGUGAAUGUGGGAAAACCUUCUACCAGAAGUCAUCCCUCACAACACAUCAGAGAACACACACAGGGGAGCAACCCUAUGAAUAUAAUGAAACCUUUUACCAGAAUCCCAACUUCACUAAACAUCAGAGAGACGACAUAGAGGAAACCCUUGUCAACAUCCUGAAGGCUCAGAAACCUUCACCUUCUUGGACUCAUUCCAUAGCAGAAACAACCCAGGUUGGGAGUUUCUGUGAAUUGUUCAACAAUAUUCCCAGUAUAUAUUCAUAGGAAAACAGAUAAACAGCAUAACCAUUACCUUUACUCUUCACAUUUUUCCAAGACCAGUAGAAAAUGAACAGAUCCCAGGCACCUGUGUGGGUUCCCUCAGACCUGGCCCCAGUACUUUUGCCUUUCCUUGGGAGCCAUCUGAUUCACUGCUGGUUUCAGCAGCCACCAACAUGCCAGUGACUCCGCAGUCCUCAGCUUCAUUACGGGCUUCCCUUCUGAGUGCCAGAACCACUCAUCCAGCUGCCUCCUGAAGAUCCCUGCCUGCCCGUUCCACAGACACUUCAAGCACAACAUGUCCGAGACCCCUCUAGCCCUUACCUUUUGCCCAGCCUCUUUCUUUGCACUUCCCAGUCUUUGCAAAUGGCACCUGGAUUUACCUGGAGGCUCAUAAAGAAACUCUGGGAGAUAAUUUCCCCAUCUUUCUUUUGCACCAUGAAUUUGGGACCAAUAUCUCUUAAUGUCUUAUUUUGUAGGAUCAGUUCUUUCCAGGAGUUAGCUAACAUCUUUUGUAAAGAGCCAGAUAGCGAAUAUUUUAUGCCUUGUGGACCAAGAAAUAAAAUCAAGGAUAUAUAUAGGACUUACUGAGCAAGAGACAGAAGAAAUUUCCACCAAUUUUUUUUUGUUUUGUUUUAUUUUGUUUGCUUGUUUUGAUAUGAGGUCUUUGGCCUCACUCUGUCGCCAGGCUGAAGUGCAAUGGUGUGAUCAUGGCUCACUGUAGCCUAGACCUCCUAGGAGGUUCAAGUGAUUCUUCCACGUCAGCCUCCUGAGUAGCUGGGACCACACAGCCACCACGCUGCCACAUCCCGCCAUGAGCUGCUAAUUUUAAAAAAUUUCUGUGAAGAUGGGGUUUUGCCACAUUGCCCAGGCUACCACCAAUUUUUGUUGAUGAAAUUCAAAAUAUAAUCAUAAUUGUGUUAUAGUGUUUUGCAAUACAGGUCUACUAAUGAGAAAAGUGGAGUUCUUUUGGGGUGGUUAACAUUUUGCUUAAUUGAGGUUCUUCGUAAUUAUUCUAUGUCAUCAAAAUCUAUUGCAAAUCAUCAUUUGCUAAUGUUGAAUUGUAAUGAGAUUUCACAUAUUUCAUCUUUGAAAAUGUGUUUCACAUAGGUGCUACCAGUUACUGAUAUCAGUCCACAAACAUGAUUUUAUUUUUUUAUUUUAUUUUAUUUUAUUUUAUUUUAUUUUGAGAUGGAGUCUUGCUCUAUCGCCCAGGCUGGAGUGUAGUGGCGUGAUCUUGGCUCACUGCAAGCGCCACCUCCUGGGUUCAUGCCAUUCUCCUGCCUCAGCCUCCCAAGUAGCUGGGACUACAGGCACCUGCCACCACGCCCGGCUAAUUUUUUUGUAUUUUUUUAGUAGAGAUGGGGUUUCACCAUGUUAGCCAGAAUGAUUUCAAUUUCCUGACCUCGUGAUCCGCCGGCCUCGGCCGCCUCCCAAAGUCAUGAUUUUAUUUUUUAAAAAUAAAUUUAAUGUGUAUUUUUGAGGCUUACAACAUAUUAUGGGAUAUAUAUAGAUAGUAAAGUGUUUAGUGAAGCAGAUUAAUGGAUCUGUCAUCUCACAUAGUUGCUUUUGUUGUGACAAGAGCAGCUACAAUUUACUUAAUAAAAAUCCCUAAUAGAAUUUUACUAAUUUUAGUCCUUAUAUUGUACAUUAGAACUCUAAAGGUGUUCAGGCCAGGCGUGGUGGCUCAUGCCUGUAAUCCCAGCACUUUUGGAGGCCAAGGCGGGCGGAUCACCUGAGGUCAGCAGUUUGAGACCAGCCUGACCAACAUGGAGAAACCCCGUCUGUACUAAAAAUACAAAAUUAGCUAAGUGUGGUGUUGCAUGCCUGUAAUCCCAGCUACUCAGGUGGCUGAGGCAGGAGAAUUCCUUGAACCUGGGAGGCAGAGGUUGCGGUGAGCUGAGAUUGCCCCAUUGCACUCCAGCCCAGGCAACAAGAGCGAAACUCCUUCUCAAAAACAAACAAACAACAACAACAAAAAAACUCUAAUGGUGUUCAUCCUACAUAUUUAAGAGUUUGUAUCCUUUGACCUACAUUUCCCCAUUUCCUUUACCACCCCUCCAACACCUGUGGUAACCACUGCUUUAUUCUCUUUGUAUUUGAGCUCUUUUCAAAAAUAUGGCUAACAGCCUGGCGUGAUGGCUCACACCUGUAAUCCCAGCACCCUGGGAGGCUGAGGUGGGUGGAUUGCCUGAGACUAGGAGUUCAGAUCAGCCUGGGCGACAUGGCGAAACCCUGUCUCUACAAACAGUAAAAAUAUCCAGGGAUCAGUGUCGCUCAAGGAUGUGACUGUGGCCUUCACCCAGGAGGAGUGGCAGCAUCUGGGCCCUAUUGAGAGGACCCUGUACAUGAAUGCAAUGCUGGAGAACUACAGCCUCCUCAUCUCAGUGGGGUAUUGCAUUAGCAAGCCAAAGGUGGUCUUCAAGUUGGAGCAAGGAGAGGAGGCAUGGAUAUUAGAGGAAGAGUCCUCAAACCAAAGCCACUUUGACAGGGUCUUGCUCUGUCACUCAGGCUGGAGUACAAUGGUGCAGUCACCAUUUACAAUAGCAUUAAAAAAAUUAAGAUACUUCAGAGUAUAUUUAACCAAAUGAAGCAAGACUUGUACACUGAAACUAUAAAACAUUGUCGAAAGAAACUAAAUACUACAAUGUAUGGCGAUUCCUCAAGGAUCUAGAACUAGAAAUACCAUUUGACCCAGCCAUCCCAAAGGAUUAUAAAUCAUGCUGCUAUAAAGACACAUGCACACGUAUGUUUAUUGCGGCACUAUUCACAAUAGCAAAGACUUGGAACCAACCCAAAUGUCCAUCAAUGAUAGACUGGAUUAAGAAAAUGUGGCACAUAUACACCAUGGAAUACUAUGCAGCCAUAAAAAAGGAUGAGUUCAUGUCUUUUGUAGGGACAUGGAUGAAGCUGGAAACCAUCAUUCUCAGCAAACUAUCGCAAGAACAGAAAACCAAACACCGCAUGUUCUCACUCUUAGGUGGGAAUUGAACAAUGAGAACACUUGGACACAGGAAGGGGAACAUCACACACUGGGGCCUGUCGUGGGGUGGCGGGAGGUUGGAGGGAUAGCAUCAGGAGAUAUACCUACUGUAAAUGAUGAGUUAAUGGGUGCAGCACACCAACAUGGCACACGUAUACAUAUGUAACAAACCUGCACAUUGUGCACAUGUACCCUAGAACUUUAAGUAUAAUAAUAAAAAAAAGAAACUAAAUACCUAAAUAACUCAUUAUUCACGUUUGUGCUGGUGCUGUUCUAAAUCUACUGCACUG